AUGGCUGACAAGUACAUCCCCGAGCACCGCCGCACGACGUUCAAGGCCAAGAGCGCCUUCAAGCCCGACGAGCUCCGCCGCCGCCGCGAGGAGCAACAGGUCGAGAUCCGCCGCGCGAAGCGUGAAGAGAACCUCGCCAAGCGCCGCGGUAUUGCAGGCGGCGCCGACCGCCCGGGUGCCUCGCUCGGUGCCGCCCCCGACAGCGACGAUGAGGGCGGCAACAUUGAGGGGCAGCUCAACGAGGAACUCCCCCAGAUGGUCAAGGGCGUCUUCUCCGAGCAGAUCGACGAGCAGAUCCAGGCGACCACAAAGUUCCGCAAGCUGCUGUCCAAGGAGCGCAACCCCCCCAUCGAGCGCGUCAUCGAGACGGGCGUCGUCAGCCGCUUCGUCGAGUUCCUGCGCUCCCCCCACACGCUCGUGCAGUUCGAGGCCGCCUGGGCCCUCACCAACAUCGCCUCGGGCUCGGCCCAGCAGACGCAGGUCGUCAUCGAGGCCGGCGCCGUGCCCAUCUUCGUCGAGCUGCUGAGCAGCCACGAGCCCGACGUCCGCGAGCAGGCCGUGUGGGCUCUGGGCAACAUCGCCGGUGACAGCCCCGCAUGCCGCGACUUUGUCCUCCAGGCCGGUGCCCUGCGCCCGCUGCUGGCCCUGCUGGGCGACAGCCGCAAGCUGAGCAUGCUGAGGAACGCCACAUGGACGCUGAGCAACUUCUGCCGUGGAAAGACGCCCCAGCCCGACUGGCAGACAAUCCAGCCCGCCCUCCCCGUCCUUGCCAAGCUCGUCUACUCGCUCGACGACGAGGUCCUCAUCGACGCCUGCUGGGCCAUCUCCUACCUCUCCGACGGCUCCAACGACAAGAUCCAGGCCGUCAUCGAGGCCGGCAUCCCCCGUCGUCUCGUCGAGCUGCUCAUGCACGCCUCCACCUCGGUCCAGACCCCCGCCCUGCGCUCCGUCGGCAACAUUGUUACGGGCGAUGACGUGCAGACACAGGUCAUCAUCAACUGCGGCGCGCUCACCGCUCUGCUCUCUCUGCUGAGCUCCACCAAGGACGGCAUCCGCAAGGAGGCGUGCUGGACCAUCUCCAACGUCACCGCGGGCAACUCGACCCAGAUCCAGGCCGUCAUCGACGCCAACAUCAUCCCGCCCCUGAUCCACCUGCUCCAGAACGGCGACUUCAAGACGCGCAAGGAGGCGUGCUGGGCCAUCUCCAACGCCACCAGCGGUGGUCUGCAGAAGCCCGCGCAGAUCCGCUACCUCGUCCAGAGCGGCUGCAUCAAGCCGCUGUGCGACCUGCUCACCUGCCCUGACAACAAGAUCAUCCAGGUCGCCCUGGACGGGCUCGAGAACAUCCUCAAGGUCGGCGAGAUGGACAAGGAGGCCAGCGCGGACGGCACAGGCGAGCAGAUCAACCGCUACGCCCUCUUCAUCGAGGAGGUGGACGGCAUGGGCAAGAUCCACGAGUGCCAGAACAACGCCAACGAGGAGAUCUACAUGAAGGCCUACAACAUCAUCGAGAAGUACUUCUCCGACGAGGACGGCGAUGCGGAGAACAUGGCAGAGACGAACCCUGCCGUCAACCAGGAGGGCCACUUUGGCUUCGGCGCCGGCAACCAGCAGCAGCAGCCGCAGCAGAACUUCCACUUUGCCAACGGCGGGGACUCGAUGGACAUGUGA